AACUUGACUCAUGGGAUCCUGCUUCUCCUCCUCCUCCGCCACCGCCGCCGACGGAGGUUCCGAGGACCAUCGAUACUCUCUGACGGCUAAAGUCAUCACAGCCGACGGCUUCUUGCUGGAGUACCCCGCCGAGACCAAGGUCCGAGACGCCCUAUCCGUCCAACGCAUAUCGAAUUCCUUCAUCUGCAGCUCCGACGAGCUCUACUGCAACGCCAAAAUCCCAGCUUUGACCGCCGCUGACCCGCUCCGGCCGGGCCAUCUCUACUUCCUCCUCCCGCUUUCCAAGCUCGAGUACCCGCUCUGUGGUUCUGACAUGGCGGCGCUCGCGGUGCGGGCGAGCGUGGCGCUCUCGGCGUAUGCUUCCGGCUCCAGCAAACCGCCACGCAAGGGAGCUCGGAGGGUGAUGCCGGUGGCGGCGGAAUUAGCAGGGAAGCGAGCCGCGCUUAAUGAAGCCGUGAACGAGAAGGAAUUGGGAUUUUAUACUGAUUUUGAUGGCGGCGACGAGCGUUAUUACGGAUCGAAUUCGCCUUAUGAGAAGAAGGAGAAGAAGAUACCGGCGACGAAGCAGAGUAAGUUCAGGCAACGGCGGUUGAAUUACAGGGAGAGGCUGAGCACGAUCGAAGAGAUUGUGGAAUGAGCAGAGGAAGAACAGAUCCUGUAAAGUUUUAUUUCUGAUUUUUUUUUAUCAUAAAAAAUUUUGUUCUUUUAGUUGAAGUUUAUGGUUACUUUGAUUUGAGGAAUCUGGAUAUUAAUACAAUAAUUUUAUUGUACCUUUGUAGUUA